AUGGAUUUUAAGGUUUAAUCUGAUAAAUGCAUUUUAUCUAACCUUAACAGGCAUUCCUUUGGUCCAUCACCUAAAGCUGUUAAGAUAAAUAAUAAAAGAUUAAAAAGAGAAUGUAAAAGUGUGAUGGAAGUCUCUUUUAAAAAGAAUGAUUAAAUUAUUAUGGUUGAAAAUUGGAAAAAAUACAAUGAAGAUGUUAGUAAUCUUGAGUCUCAACCACCUGUAAAAAGAUUCAAAGAGACAGGAUGCACAGGUUGUAAAAUAUUUUGA